AUGGCCCGCGGCGCCGCGGCCUGUGCGAGCGACGCGCGGCUGCUGCUGGGCCGGGACGUGCUGCGGCCCGCGCCCGCGCUGCUGGCCCUGGCCGUGCUGCUGGGCGCCGCUCUCGGCCUCGGCCUCGGUCUGUGGCUCGGCUGCCGCGCGGGCCGCCUGCGCCCGCGACACCAGAAAGACGACACUCAGCAUCUACUCAAGAACGUGGAGCCUGGUGCACAGAGCCCCUCAGAGACCGGCUCCCCAUCCAGGAGGAGGAAGAGAGACGCGCAGCCGUCGAGGGACGCAGAGGCCCCAGAUGAGUAUGAGCCGUCCUUCAACAGCAACAUCACAGCAUUCGCCCUGAAGGCCAAAGUCAUCUAUCCCAUCAAUCAGAAGUUCCGGCCCCUGGCUGAUGGCUCCUCCAACCCGUCCCUGCACGAACACCUGAAGCAGGCAGUCCUGCCGCACCAGCCCACCGAGGCCUCCCCGGCCAGCAGCCUGGGCAGCCUGAGCCAGGCCGAGAAGGACGGCGGCAGCUCCUCAUCCAGCCUCCACUCGGCCAGCGACGACGGGUUCCUCGGCCGCAGCUUCCUGCGGGUGAGCAGCUUCCUGGAGGUGCUGGCCUGCGAGAGUGUGGACAUCGACCUGUGUGUCUACAGCCUUCACCUAAAAGACCUGUGGAGCCUGGACACGGCGCUGAGGCAGGAGAAGCACAUGAUGUUUAUUCAGAUUUUUAAAAUGUGCCUCCUGGACCUUCUUCCUAAGAAAAAGUCUGAUGACGAAUUAUAUCAGAAGAUUCUGUCAAAACAAGAACAGGAUCUGGAGGAACUGGAAAAGGCACUUCAGGUCAAACUGUCGAGCACAGAAACUCUGGGCACCAGUGACUCUGGGUACGUCACCCUGGCAGACGUGGAGAAGAAGGAGAGGGAGCACAGCGAGCAGCUCCUAGAGGAUAUGGAAGCUUUCUGGAAACAGAUGGAAAACAUCCAGCACUUUCUUGUGGACCAAUUUAAAUGUUCCAGCUCCAAAGUGCGGCAGCUCAUGGCUACGCUGACAGAGACAAUGAUUGCAGCCGAAGGGCUCUUGUGCACGUCUCAGGACCUGCAGGCUCUGGACGCCCUGGAGAGAGCCAUGGGGCGGGCGCACAUGGCAAAAGUGAUCGAGUUCCUGAGGAUGCAGAUCCAGGAGGAGACCAAGUGCCGACUGGCCGCCAUCUCCCGCGGCCUGGAGCUGCUGAGUGUCCAGGGCAAGCUGUCCGGGCGGCAGAAGGAGGAGCUGCUGACCCAGCAACACAAGGCCUUCUGGGAGGAGGCAGAGAGCUUCAGCAGGGAGUUUGUCCAGAGAGGCAAGGACCUGGUCAAGGCGUCCCUGGCUCGCCAGGCAGAGGGGACAGCAACGCUCAUGCUGGCCCAGGAAGAGGAACGGAGGGCCUUCCUGGCCAACUCCCACCUGAACUCGGACCCCGAGGAGUUUCUCAAGGCCUUUCACGAGGUCCUGGAGCGGCAGAGGCUGAUGCGAAGUGACCUGGAGGAGGAAGAGGAGCUCAGAACCACAGAGGCCAUGGCUGCCCUCUGCCAGGAGCUGUACCGCAGCACCAUGGGCACUUUCCAGGGCUGUGUGGACGCCCUGUUCCUGCAGACGCUGGGCGCCCGUGGCCUCCCCAGGGCGGAGUGUGAGGCCCUGCGGCAGGAGGUCCAGGAGGACGCAGCACGGCGGCUGGGCAGGUCUGAUCGCUUCCGGAGGCGGCAGUGGGGACUUCUGCAGGAACUCCUGGAGCGAGACCAGCAGGUGUGGAUGGAGGAGUGCGCGCUGUCCACGGUGCUGCAGGACCAGCUGAGGGACAACCGCCAGCGCACCUUGCAGGGCGUCCUGAGCAGGCUGGGCGGCCUCACUGAAGAGUCCACGCGGGGCAUCCUGCAGGGGCACGAGCUGCUCCUGGGCUCUGCCCUCCGGAGGCUGGCCCUCCGCGGCAGCGCCGUCGCCACGCUGGCCCAGAUGAGGCUGUCUGGGAAGAAGAGCCUCUUGCAGGAGCUGCGUGAGCAGCAGGCGCUGGAGCAGGGCUCCUCCCACUGUCGGGACGAGCAUCAGUGGCAGCUGCUCCAGGCCUUGGAGACGCGUGUCCUGGAGGAGGCCGGCCGGCUGGAGGAGGAGGCGCAGCAGACGCGGCUGCAGCUCCAGCAGCAGCUGCUGACCGAGGCCCAGGAAGCCGGGCAGCUCCUGCAGCAGCACUUGGAGCGAGCCAUCGGGCAGGCACUGCUGGGGCACGCACGGAAUGCGGCCACCAAGAGCCGGGCCAAGGACAGGGAUGACUUCAAGGGGACGCUGGUGGAGACGGUGGUGGAGAGCGUCUACGCCACCCGCGCUGGCAUCGGCCCCCUGGUGCAGGCCUAUUACCAGCAAGUCGGGAGGGUGAUGCAGGACCAGGAAGAGAGGAAGCUACAGCUCCUGAAGACCUUGCAGGGCCACAGAAUGGACAGCUCCAAGCUGCGGAGGAAGCAAGAACUCGGGGACCCCGGGCCGGAGGACCAGAUGGCAGGCGGCACUCAGGGAGCCUCCCAGGCUGUCCACCAGAGGCUGCUGUCGCAGCAGAGGCGGCUCCUGGCCCAGUUCACGGAGCACCAGCGGCUCCGCCUGGAGGCGCAGAGGCAGAAGGCCCGGGUCCUGGACCAACUGGAGGCCCAGCUGGAGACGCAGCUGCAGGACGCGGAGCAGACCUUCAUCUCGGAGCUGGCAGCCUUGGCCCGCGUGCCCCUGGCCGAGAACAAACCGCUCUCCAGUAAGCGCGGGCUGCCAGAGAAGCCUCUACGGACCAAAAAGAAGAAGCCCCUGCCUCGGGAGAGAGGGGACCCAGGACUGCCCAGCGAUGGUGACCCUGCCUCGGGGGACCACGCCCCAGGGCUCCUCAGGUACAGCAGGUCCCCGCCUCUUCCCACUUUCAGCAGCCAAAGGCCAGGUCAGCAAGAAGCCGAGGCUGGUGUCGGCGAGGACGGGAGGCAGGUGCUGAAGAGGAGCCAUCUGUAG